CCUCGCAGACGUCCUCCACCAGCUUCUCAGCAGGCAGUCGUGUCUCUAUGUUCACAUCCGUUGACCCCUCGCUGAUCUCGGGAUCGUCACGAAGUUUCGCCUCUGCUCCCGCUCAGCCCAGCAGAUCAUCUUCGGUUAACAUGCUCGGCAGCACAACGCACGGGAUAGGAGGGGACAGCGACUCGAAGGGGGAGCUGGCGAUGGCUCAUGGGGACGAGGGGCUGAGCAGGAUAGGGCAGAGCAACCAGAUUGACUCCUUCCGCCGAUUCUUGUACGACUUGAUGAGCAAGGAGGUGGUGAUAGUGGAGGAGCUGAAAGAGGGAGACAUUGCCUGCGACCAGGAGCUGAACCCACUCGCCAUCAAAGCAUGGAGGGUGCUCAAGAUCGACGACUGGUGGGUAGCGGUGAAGCAAUGGUUCCAGCACGAUGCCAGCAAGUUCAACAUGCGAGCGUUCUUUAUGAUGCUCCGACGAAUCGGCUUCCGACCCUUCAACAAGGCUCCUGCCCCGGCAACGUCAGGGAUGGACUAUGCUCUCCGGAACAAGUUCGUCAGCGAUCACGGCUACAUCUUUGACUGUGAGACGCUGGAGAAGUACUGCCAGAGCCGUCGGAUCCUAACGAAACUAAAGCGAAAAAUGGCGGCGGCAAGCGGCGAGGGAUCAGACGAUACAAUGGAGAGCAACACGACAAGGAGAAAGAUCAUGGACUGACUUGUAACAUCAAGAUAAUCAAGCGAAUUCACUUC